GUUUUCGCCGUACAUCAUUGGCCAAAUAUACGUCGUUCCCUGCCCACGUCACGUCGAGCGAAGGCUUCUGGCGAAUGGAAGAGUGGCCAAGCGAAGAACUUCAUCUGUAGUCGAGCACCCCCCAACAUUGGUUGAUGAGCAAAAAGAUGAAACCUGCCCUUGAAAUCUUGCUCGAGCGCGAACGAGAGCGCAUGCAACAACGACAAGAAAUGGAAGAUAUGAUGCAGCACUCUGAUCUCUUGCGAAGCAUCAGCAACGUCCAUCCGACGACGCUUCCUGACCCACGAUCCAGUGGCGCGAACCACCACCAACCACCGCAGGGAGGCCUACUGCCGCCUCCGACGAAAAAGCGGCGUGUAGACACCCUCCAGCAGUAUCCUUCUUCCGCAAUCGCCGCCCCCGCCUCCAGUCCUUCCACAUCGGGCUCCAUCACGUCAACACCAGGACAUACUCCCACGAGUACACACGACGGCCCGUCGCCUGCCGCGACGUCCACGCCACCCAUGCCAAGGAAGGCGUGCAAUUGCAAAAAGUCCAAUUGCCUCAAGCUGUACUGCGAGUGUUUUCAACAAGGGUCGAUGUGCGGCAGCGACUGCAAUUGCCAAGGGUGCCACAACAGCCUCGACUUUGAAAACCAACGGCAACGCGCCAUCCGCGUCGUCCUCGAGCGCAACCCCGUCGCCUUCCUUCCCAAGGUGUCCACGGGGGCCAACUCGGUCGCUACGACAAAGUACUUUCGCGGGUGUCGAUGUCGACGCAGUGGAUGCUUGAAGAAAUACUGCGAAUGUUUCCAAGCUGGCGUCAAGUGCGGCACGUUGUGUCGUUGUCAGAUGUGUAAAAACUGCAACUCCGAUGCUACCAGCGACCACCACCACCCUCCCCAAGUGCCACGUCAGCAUGACCACCAUCCUCCUCCUCCUCACGCUCCCGACCAGCGCGACAUCCUUCGUCCUCCUCCCCAUCAUGCGAUGCACGCCGCGGACGCGCCUGCUGCUGCUGCUUCUUUGUCCUCUUCCCGCCGCGUAGUUUCAACCAUGCCGCCGUCGUUCCCUCCAUCAUCGACGUACACGACCAAAGCGUCCAAGCCCCACGUGCUGUCACAUGCCAAGCGCAAACUCGUAGAUCCAUCCAAGUACAUGGAACUUCCGGCCGUGGCGGGGGGCCGACCCGCCAGCUCCCGCCUCUUGAAGCCCCAAGUGUCGUCGCGCCUGUACCCGCUUGAGACGAGCCUCGCCACGGACGCGUCCGUCCAAAAGAUCUGCCUCGCGCUGGUGCAUGCCGCCUGCGUCGACGACAAACUCCUUCCAUCUUCUUCGACCCCGCGGCCGCCGGUGAAUGGCGGCGGCGCGGCGUCGCGGGUCCCCAUGACGCCGUUCACAUCGCCCCUCAAGACUGCCAUCUCGCCGCCGUCGUUCCACUCGCCGUCCGUCGACGCGUUGUUGUGCAGCGAAGACAUGGAGUGCACGCCGCAAAAGGGCAGUGGCGGUAUGACUGGUGGAGAAGUGGACCAAGACAGACGCAGCGAACUGCAGGAGAAGGCCGUGCUCCAAGAGUUUAGCGUGUGGCUGCGAAACCUCGCCACUGCCAGCGUCAACCACGUGAUGCAACACUCGACGCCGUAGAGAGAGAUCGAUGUUGCUUGGAAAGAUGGAAAGUACUAGGAAGUUUAUUUAAGACCGCAAAUAGAUGAUGGCAAAAAAAGGACUCGUUGAGCAA